GCUUUCUCAAGGACGUUGUCACUAUGCAAUCGCACGUGCAAUUCACUUGGGUCGUAUUUCUGUCAUAAUUCGAAAACUCUUACAUAUGGACGACGAUGAACUUACUCAAGAGAUUUUGGACCAGUUCGAUCUCAUUUGUACACAACAUCAAUAUGAUCAUGUGUCAGCAUACAGUGGGGAACAUUUAAAUAAACACAGUAUACAUUCAAACAAGCUAUCUAAUUGCUUAUCUCGGUCAACUUCGUUAGAUACAAAGUUGGGAGGGUGCGCGCAGACAUCUGACUUCCCACCUAAUGAUCAAACUCCAACUGUUGGACGAAAUGAACUUGAACGGCUAAAAAAAGAAGUAUCUGUUCUACGUGAAGAGCUUUAUAUGAAACUAGGUGAACUUGCUACCAUUAAAGAAUCUGCCAGUCGAACAAAAGCAACCGAUUCUGAUACUAUCAGUAAAUUAGAAUCACAUCUUAAAUCUGAACGAAAUGACUUCCAACGUAAACUAAGUGAAUUAAAUGCUCAAAUAGCCUUUCGUGAAGCUGACUAUCGAUUAGUAUGCAGUGAACUAGCUCGUAUAAAAGAAGAAGUUGCAUCUAGUAAACAAGUGGUGAACGAACGCUCUGUUGAAUAUUCUCCUGCUUCACAAAUUCUUGUCUCCCUAACUUCCCCAAAUCCUGAUCAUGUUUCUAACCAAAAAUUACGAACACCUGUCCCUCGUGUUCCAAGCACAGAUUUUCACCUUCCUGCACCAGUUACUCCUAUUCCUAGUAAACGGUAUAAAGUUCCAGUCAGUGGUCGAAUGUGGGAUGUUAAUGUCACGAGCAAUUUAGAUGAUAAACCAAAGUCAAAUACAACACCGCAAGCUAUUGAUAAAAAUGUCUUGAUAGAUAGUGAUGAAAUUACACCGUCAAAUGCAUCGAGAAAACGACAACGAUGUAUUGUGUCACCUGAUACUUCUCCAGAAUACUGUGUGCGCCAAAUUCCUGUGUCCUUAGCUGAUGCAUCUGUUGAAACUACAGACCUACUACAUACUACCUCUCAUAGUCAUCCCUUGUCUUAUCGAAUUCCAUCCUGUGCUUUUUCAACCACUGAGCCUUUCAGUGAAUUUACUAAAGGAAAUCCUGAAAUGUUAUCAGAAUUAUUAGAUUUGUCUAUUUCGAUUCCUCAGAAUGAAAAGAGCAGGAGUAGCAUCGAUAUUAAUCCCCAAACAACAUUGGUCACAUCAUCUUUUUCAGUUUCAGAAGAUUCCACUUGGUUAUUAUCAGAUUAUUAUCUCACAGGGUUAAGUAAAUUACUUCCACGACAGUCAGAUAUUCUUAGUGGAAUCCAGUCAUCAUCUGACAACUAUGUAUCACGACUAAAUGUAGUGGUUAAACGAUUCUCUGAAUCUGUACCCUACUUAAUACGAAGAAUAGAAGAGCAGUUAAAAGCAUGUAUUCGUGUACUUCUGGAUCCUUAUAAUCGAUAUUUAAGGAAAUCAAUUCAAUCAUGUCAUUAUUCAGACUUCCAAAAAGUCGAGAUUGAAGACAUGGAGAUAGCAGAAAGAGAGAAUGAACAACCAUCAUCUAUGGAUGUUUCUGAUGAUGCUACCUCACAUGAAAUAUCUUAUUUAGGAGAAGAUCCUUUUGCUGGUGCACCUGCAUCACAAAUUGUCACAUCUCUAACAUAUCCUUCCCAAAUGAAAUCCAUUUCAAAACAAGUGGGAGGAAAUUCUAUCUUAAUGAAAAGAAACAAAUCAUGUCCCUCAGAUGUUGGUUACUGGUCCUCGACUAAUCCUAUUGUUGGUGAUAAUAAAAUAAUUGAUAAUAAUAGCGCUGAUAAAACCACUAGCUGCCCUUCACUUUAUCAUGAAAUUAUGAUUAGUCGAAGUAUACAAGGAAUUAAUCAAUUAAAGUACUUGGCUACAAUUAUUAAUUCUUAUUGUCCUAUUUCAUUUGAAAUGUUUAAUGGAAUGAACACUGAUUUUACUAUGGAUAAUGAUGAACUCCUAUGCAUUGCUAAAGAAUUUCAAAAUCUUAUUCGAACAAUUUCUGGUGUUUUAUCCCGUUUCAUUAAUAAACUUAUAGAUGUCUUUUUUCAAAUGGAAGAAGGAAAAAAUCCAAUUUCAUCAUUAUCAACAACAUUAAUACAAAAUGAAUUAAUUGGUGAUAAUGCUACAAAUGUUGCGUGUUCAAUUGAUCAGUCAUCUUUUAAACAAUCUCAGUAUACUACUUCUAAACGAAAAAAUUACAUUUCAUCAUUUUGUGUUAUUGUACCUUUAAUUAUCGAAUGUUUAAACUUAGCCUCUGUAUUUGCUGUUUUCAUUAAACCGGAUACAAAUCCAUUGAAAAACAAGGUUUCCAAUACAGAUGUGAAUGCAACAAACUUUUCUGAACUGAACACAUGUUUUCCUCAACUUUUGAAUUGUAUUAUCCUAACAUCGGAGGCUUGUUUUGGUCAAGAUGAUGAAUCAACUGAUGUUACAGCGACCACAAAAAAUCACUAUGGAUCUUCUUUACAUAAUGGUAUAACAAAUAUUAUCAAGAAUCGUCCUGUUGUAACCUUAAAACCAUUGAUAAGUUUUCUUCGCCUAUGGAGACAAAUGAUAGCUCAGAAGCAUUGGCCUGGUGGACAUUGUUGUGACCAUGGUGGGAUUUACACGAUCAAAAUUUUAAUUCAAUAAUCUUGAAAGAUGUCCGUCAACAAUACAUUGAAAAAUUAUUCGGUACAUCUAUAAAAUGUGGUCUACUUUCAUUGUGUUCAUGGAUUUAUCAACUUUUGAAUCAAUUUAAUGAUUCUACACUUUUAUCAAAUUCAUUAAUUUCUAACAAUAUUGAGUUUUAUCAUUCAGCAGAAAUGCAAAGAAUUAAUUUGUUGAAUGAAUUUUCUGGAAUGAUUGCUGUGCUUACUCAACGUGAAGAUAUAAUUUGGCCUGAUAAUUGUUACUGUAAACGUCAGGUAAGUAAUUAAUUCAUUAUCCACUGUUAAAUCUCUUUUUAAUCAUGUCAUGCUUUAAAAGAUUUCAAAUAUACAUACUCAAAGAGUGAAUUGGUGUGUUAACUGUUGUUUAUCAUUUACAUACUCAUCUAGUUCAUUAUUGACGGAAAACUAACUUAUCAUUAUUACAUCGGUAGUAAAGUUGGAAUUGUGGCUAGGGGCGAAAUCCAACACUCGCAUUUCGUCUUGUAUGUAACUAGCCUGUCGUAUGUACUUGCAUCCCAUUUAUUUCCACACUGAGAAUCGAACUUAGUAUCUUCCGCUCUUAACGCCAACGCAUUAUUCAUUGAAUUACUGGAUGCAGAUAAUCGGUAACUUGUUUAGUGGAUACGGAGCCAUAUAUGUAAGGGUUUGCAUUUUUCCAUUGAUAUAAUUGGGGUGUAUUUUAUCAGUCUCUGUUGGCGUCUGUUCAUCUUUUAUAGAUUGCACCGACAUUGUCUUUAGUUACAAGUUUUGGGUCGAUUUGGAUUUAUAACUUGUAAUUAAAGCCAAUUUUACGACAAUCCUUACAGGAUGCAUUGAUUCCAAUAGAGGUUGAUAAAAUACGAGUCAAUGUAUCGAAAAUGGAACAAUCCAAAUCUUUACAGAUUAAAUUAAAAUUUAUACCCCAUUGCACAAGUGAGUGGAUAUGUGAACUCAGUAGCUAAGCGGAUUGUCAGUCGGUCAGCUGCAACGUAGGACCAGGCGCAUAUGUGCAUCGGUCCAGAUUGCUAUACCGCAUCAGCACAACAAAAUGAACACCGGAUUCAUAGCAGUGGUUAGGUCAAAGGUGGUAAUAAAUAAGAGAAGAUUGCAUAUAGAGAUAUAGUACAAGAAGAAAGAAUUGGUUCGUAGAAAGAAAGAUAUGAAGCAAUUUUAAUCUCUUAGUUUAAGAGAAGACAGGGAGUGUAUACACCGACGCCAUUGUGAUCGAUUCUGAGCCAUGUCACCAAGAGUCUCCAACCAUUGGUUACGAUAGUCACGUGGACCCCAACCAAGUAGUCUGCAUCUACCAACAUGGCUCAGACUACAAGUUAGUGACUUCAAGCACUGAUGCCACGUUUUGGUUUGGCCGCCCCUAACUUUCUUCCAACUACCUCAAACACCGGAUAGCAUUGCACGUCGUGGUAAUCGGUGUUCAGGCAUACGUAACACGUGGCCCAACCAUCUCAGUCGAUGAAGAUUCACAACCUCAUCAACUGAUUUACCAUCAUCCCCUAAUACCCUGCGUCUAACCUCACUAUUACUUACCUGGUGACCCCAGCAGACGCCAGCAAUAUUUCUAAGGCAUCUGUUGUCAAAUACUAGUGACAAGUAUCUUCUACCGUUAAUGGCCACGUUUCGCAGACGUAAAGCAGAACAGAACGAACUGCCGCUCAGCACACUCGUCCCUAGUUGAUAGACGGAUAUCUCGCCUUCGCCACGGGUGACGUAAGUUGGUGAAAACCAAACGAGCUUUUUGAAUCCGUGCUGAGAUUUCGUCAGACACCAACCCGUUUGGACUGAUCAGACUUCCAAGAUAAGUGAAGUUGUCAACGUGUUCGACUACUUCACUCCCUAUCCUUAGUUUAGGUGUUGACGCAGACCAGUCCUGAAGCAACAACUUGCAUUUAGAGGGAGAGAAGCGCAUUCCAAACAUUCUGGCAUUGUUGCUUAGUGCUACCAAAAAAAUUCUGCAUUUUAUCAGUGUCUUUAUCAAACAGGACUAUGUCAUCUGCGUACUCUAAGUCGAUAAGUGGACCUUCUGGAUGGAGAUCAAUACCCGAGAACUCAGUCGACGAGAAAGUUAUUUCCAUCAGUAGAUCUAUGAUGAAGUUAAACAAAAAUGGGGAAAGUGGACAUCCUUGACGGACACCACUUGAGGUUGCAAAGGUAGAUGACAGUUCGCCAUAAGCUCUGACUCUACUGGUUGUGUUCGAGUAAAGAGCCUUUACGAGGUUUAUGUACUUCUGAGGUACGCCUUUCAAUGACAGACACUGCCACAGAAUCUCGCGGUCUACGGAGUCAAAUGCUGCUUUUAAGUCGAGAAAGACCACCAUUGUCGGACGCCGAUAAGUAUACCUGUGUUCUAGAAUCUGACGAAUGAUGAAUAUGUGGUCGAUGCAGCUAAGCGGAUAACACUUUGGCGUUUGUAAUGAACAUUACUGGUCUGGAGUCCUGGGGUGAACAUCAACUCUUAAAUGGAGGUACAUCUAGCUGCCAAGUCCUAAAAAGUUCCAUGACUUUUUGGUGAUUGCCUGCUACCACAUAAAUAAUUUUACAAUGGUUACUACGGAUUGGUCAGUUAAUGCUGAAUAUCUCAACUCCACAGUUCAAUUACGAAAAUAACGUACGCUUUAUUGAUCACUAAGUAGUGAACAAUGUUGUGUUAGUCUAGUCCUUUAUUUCUGAUUAAAUUUUAUUAAGUUACAAUGUCAGCAAUAGUUUAAUUCAUUCGACAAAACCGAGUUGCAGGAUGUCCAGCUGACAAUUUCCAAUGUGACUAAUACGUCUUGAUAGUAUGUGUAAAAUAAAUAAAACCUAGGUACCAGAGCUUUCCACUGUCUACAUUUAAGCCAUCUAACAUCUUUUCUAGUAGAUGCAAUACUUUAACUGAAAAUUGUUCUUAACCUUAAAUUUGAAAAUGUAUUUGAAGACAAUAAUUUAUCAUGAAAUCCUGAAAAUCUUCGCCAAGAAAGAGUUAAAAAGAAAAUGUUUAAGAUGCAACGAACGGAUAUUUGUCACCGAGACAAGGAAAGAUUGAUAACCAUCUUCUUUUGAACACAUAAGUCAGAUUUUUGACGCCUGAUUGAAAUGGCUUCAGCAAACUUCAGAAGACUAGUGUUUGGCUGCUUACUAAUCACCUUGAAAGAUUGCAAGAUAUCGACCUAAUGUUCUGUAUCCAGAAGAUGUUCGGUAAUUGCACUAUUCAAAGUCUUUCUUUCCCUUCCUCUUUUCAAAAUGAUAAAGGGAACCAUUGAUUUGACGAUAUAUGAUGUCGUCAAACUGAAAUUGAACGUCUGUUGUACACAUUAGUAGUAGUUUUUUGAAUUAUGGGGCUAGUAAAUUUAUUUAUUUAUUUAUUUAUUUAUUUAUUUAUUUGAACACAUGAAUAUUGGUACAAGAGAGCGCCAAUAUAUAUGCGCCACACAAAACAAUGAGAAUUCG